AAAAAAACGCCGGGAAAUAUAAGUAUUUUAGCUACCAAAAAGCCGGUUAUUUGCUACAAAUGCGGGCAAUUAAGCCAUAUCGCUGCGGCAUGCAAAAUACAAAUGGACGACGCAAAAACCCUAACGGCCUUUACGCUUACCCAAAAAAGGCCCGGCCAAAAAAGGAAGGGAAAAAAGCCAAAGGUACAGUGUUAUAAAUAUAAGGAAUUGGGCUAUAUCCGGUUAGCGUACCUUAAAAAAAGUAAAAUAUCGCCGCCGAAUUCGAUACCGUUAUUUGGCCGUUCGGGCACCGGGGCUUAA